AUGAUGAUGAUGAUGCCGACUGAUCUCAAUCUCAAUAGAAUUGCUCUCGAGUACCCCUAUGCGGAGCUGGCCGCAUCUACUGAUAAUUUCUCAUCAAGGUACCGGCUGGGGCAGGGGUCCUAUGGGAGUGUAUAUAAAUGCCAACUGAAGGAUCAAACAGAAGUCGCUAUCAAAGUUCUGAGAGCACCUAAGGAGUCGGGUUUUCGGGAAGAAGUUGAAGUUCUGUCGAAAUUUCGGCAUCCUAAUUUGGUCAUCCUCAUGGGGUUUGCCAGAAACGGUAACGAACGGUUGCUAAUUUAUGAACUCCUGGAGGGUGGUGAUUUAUGUUCGCGGCUGUCGGCUCCCAACAGCGCUAAAACGUUCCCGUGGACUCUCCGUGUGUCGGUGGCCCUCGAUGCUUGCCUUGGCCUCAGCCACUUGCACAAUUCUACUCCUAAGGUCUUUCAUAGAGAUAUAAAGUCUCAAAAUAUAAUACUCGAUAAAAGUGGCAACGCCAAAGUAGCGGACUUCGGCCUGGCAUUAUUGGCGACGGCGAAGGGGGACGACGGCCAGAAAGUUGAUAUGUGCUCUGGAACCAUCGGUUAUGCAGAUCCUUUGUAUAUUUCAACGUCGGUGGUAACUGAAAAAUCAGAGGUAUACUCCUUCGGUAUGGUUCUGUUGGAACUGCUCACGACGAAGCCCCCGGCACUGCAGGACCCGCGGACUAAGGCGAUCACGGAGAUGUAUAAGGGAAUUAAUAAGGAGAAGUUGUGGAAUAUGAUUGAUUCCAGAGAAAGUCGGCGGCCUGUUUUCGUGGAGGUUGCGAAGGCGCUGAGGGAACUAAAACGGAAGAGCCAGAGUAUAGCCCAACAGCAACAGGCUGCGAUGGGCGGGGCUAUGUACGCUGCUGGGGGAGCACCCAACCCUGACAUGCGGAAUAAUGUGUAA